AUGAAGAACUGCUUAAUCAUCCCUGAAAAAAUUGCUGAGUUCAUGCUUCCAACAACGAUUGAGGCGAGAACCCCACUCUUCUAUAGUCUACCAAAAAUACAUAAAGAAAACACACCACUGAGACCGAUUGUCUCUGGAUGUGGAAGCCCCACUGAUAAUCUCUCAGAAUACGUCGUCAAAUACUUACUACCUAUUGCUGAGUCCCUACCUUCUUAUUUUAAAGAUUCCACUGAGCUCCUAAAGACCUUAUGCGAAACACCUUUACCAAGAAGAGAAUAUAUAUUAGUUACAGCAGAUGUAGUGUCUCUCUACACGAACAUCCCACAUGACGAUGGUAUCAGAGCAGUAAGCAAUUUCUUAAACAACAACUGGAAACUACUUAAACUCCCCAAUAAUCUCCCACCAAUAAUACCCACCAACCACUUCUGUGACCUACUCAAGUUAAUCCUUGAAAACAGUUCUUUUAUGUUUGGAUCACGCUCCUUCCAUCAAAAAUUUGGAACAUCAAUGGGUACAAGGAUGGCUCCUCCAUAUGCCAAUAUCUUUAUGGGAGAACUAGACCAAAAAAUUAUUGAAAAAUACAAGAACCACAUAAGCCUAUAUAAACGAUUUAUUGAUAAUGUCCUGCUAAUAUUUGAAGGCACUCUCAGUGAAUUAGAUGAAUUGAAAACCUACAUGAAUAGCCUACAUAAAAAUAUCAAGUUUACCUUUGAUACCUCAACUAAAUCCGUUAGUUUCAUGGACCUCACCUUAACAAAAAACGAGAACAACACCAUCUCCUCUACCAUUUACAAAAAGCCUACUGAUACUCUAUCCUUACUUAACUUCCAUUCCAACCACCCUAGACACCAAAAAAUCGGAAUCGUCUAUAGCCAAGCAAGAAGACUAAACAGACUUGUCUCAAAAGAAGUCGACUUACGAACAGAACUCGAAAAAUUAGCAAAAACUCUAGUAAUAAAGAACUACCCAAUAGAAGUAAUUAAUCAAGAAAUAAACAAAGCCUUAUCCUCGACACAAAAAAAUCUAAUAUUUAAGCCAAUAACAACAGAACCAAUAUCUGACAAAAAGAAAUCCUUCAACAAUGGAAUACCAAUAGUACUACCAUAUGAUGCGACAGGUAAAGAGAUCAUGAAAAUGACCACCAAGCACUGGAGAAUUAUUCAAAAUGAUCCAGUGCUUAGUAAAAUAUUAGGUGAGAAACCUCUAAAAAUAUACUCCAAUCAAAAAAACCUACACGAUCAAUUAAUUCGCACUAAAUUUUAA